AUGGACGCCGGCCGCGGCGCGUGGAGCUGGCUGGCUCAUAGGCUCGUCGCCACCGGUGCUCCGAGACCCCCCCCCCCCCCCUUCCCCUUCCUCCUCGUCGAAAGUCGCCAGCUCUCACGGUGGCGGCAAAAGCCCGGUAGCGCCGCCGAUGCGGCGAAAGCUGAUGAUCAUCGCCGAUAUCGAGCGAACAAAGAGAGGAAAGGCUGGCCGACCACUAUAGCGUUCGUUGCGAACGUUCUCGUGUUCUUGACCACACCGAUGUGCUGGCACCCGAUGCUAGCUCCCGGUGUCGGUCAAAGUCUUCGACGUGUUUCAGACAGUGUUUUCUCGUUUCGAUAUGGUUGUAAGUCGCGCCGAGUCGACUACGCCCCUGCCCCACUGGCGCGCUUAGAGAGCACUCCCACUAAUGAGUGGAUGCUCAAUAUUUUCUGGCACUGGGACGGGUCGCGGCUCACGGUCGGCCCGCUCGGAAAGCGCGGAAGUGCCCUUCGUAUCGGCGCCCGCGGCCGAACAAUGGACAAUGGGCCCGAGGCAGCGGGCUGCGCGACCUCA